AAGGAGUUUUUAAACCUGUUUAAGCGGUAAUGCGACGCUACAGGACUGAGAGUGAACCGGAGCCGUGGAUCGAACAGCUGAUUCAGAACUACGGAACAGAGCAACGCGACUUCCGGGUCAGAGCUCAUGUAGUCGGGGUGAGCGACUUGACCGAGUCUCAGCGCACGGAUGAGAGCGAUGCCUGCAUGCUGUUCCUGUCUGAUGGGACGGUGUUCAUCCCCGCGGUGCUCAGCGCCGCCGCCUGGGAGCACAUGCAGGAGAUGGAGGAGAGAGACACGUGUUCGGGCCUGGACAACACGACGGUGUCGGUGCGAAAAUUCCAGCUGAACUUCCACAUGGACCCGGAGCUGAAAUCCUGUCAGUUUUAUCUCAGCGUGAAUCAGAUCGUCACGGUGGGACGAGUCAGUCGGCAUAACCGCCCCCCGAGCUGCACAAUGCUGCCGUCAGUCAGGCAACAAAUCCUGAAGAUGUGGCGGUCCUUGAUGAAGGAGAGUUCAGUCGCAUCUGUGAACUCUCAGUCAGGACUCCCACUUUCCUGUCUCAUGGGGGCGUGGCACAGUGACAUCAUCAUGGACCUCCUGAAUGAUGCAAUCAAGAAAAUAGCCGCACCCACCGUGGGUCACCUGGGGGUGGCCACGCCCACUCACUGGCACCGAGAGAGACUUCGCUGCAGGAGUGAGGAGUGUUUCAGCACUCCUGUGUCUCAUCUCCUCAUCCCAGAGGAGCAGAGGGAGAUGUUGACAGCUGAUCCCGGUGUGUCGAGUUUGAGCGAAACUCCGAGCGGCCUGGCGCCUCCUCAUGUAGCUGAAACGGCAAAGCGGCCAAUCACGACGCGGGAUCAGGGAGGAGACUCGGCCACCGUGGCUUCCGAUAGGCCGGAACAUGGGCAUCAGCUCAUCCUGAACAACACCGGACCUGAGGUCGGGUGUAUUGGAGGAGGAGGAGAGAGCAGUGAAGGAGAGAGCCCCUGGGACAUGUUCUGUCCUGCUGCUGACCUGCUAGCAACUCCGUCAUGUUCUUCAGAGAGCAGUCUGGAGCCGCUCACGCAGCAGGACAGCCGUUCACUGCUCACCAACAGCGGCUCGGCCGAGGAGUCCGGGAACAUCGUUCCACUGUUUCAGAGACCACACCCGUCUCCACGUAGCCCCGCCCACCCGAGUGACCCGACAACCACAGACGUGCAUCUGGAGCCGCAAACACCGAGCCCCUUAACGCCAACCAAACCCACUUCAGCCGUGUGUGUGGAAGAACAAUCCCCAAGAGACGUUCCCCGAAAAAUACUACACGUGUCACACACCCCGCCCGCCAAAAAGAGCCGGGUCCAUUCAGACGGCAGCAAAUUCUCCUACACGUAUGAACCUUGUCCGAACGUCGCCUCGGCUCUCAGACAGUGCAAGGUCCCAGAGCAGCUGGUGCGGUGGGCGGUGGCUUACCUGGGGACUCCUCAGCGCCCGCGUAUUCUCAGCAGUGGAGUGGGGCUGAGAAAGGUUCCAGUGUUGAAAUAAUUAUUGUUCAUAUGUUCUUUAUAAAUAAUUGUGUUGUGUGUGUUGUUGUAAUGACCUUAUUAUAAAUAAAAAUAAUAUUUAAAAAUGAUUGUGUGUCUUAUUAUUAAUAUACUGGUUCAUCAACAGAGU